UUGAGAUUCACUAGCUUUUAGAUUAUUUUGGCACAUUUUAAGUACACAAAAUGCCUCAAUCGUCGAAAAGGAGUAAAGCAUGCAAUGGACAGACCAAUGGCCAUCAUAGUAACUCGUCCUACAAUGGUAUAAAUGGAAAAGUUAAGAAUAAUAACAGCCACAAAAUGAGUAGCAUACCAAAAGACGUUCAAAACGACUUGGACAAAGCAUUAGUUACGCUAUGCGAUGUCUGGUUUGAUGAAAUGAAGCCAUACCUAGUCCGGAACAAUGUCAAGGUGCAUGUGACGAGAGAACACGAGAAGCAAACACCACGCCCAGUCGAAUGUUCGCACUGCGAUCCAGCAUCCUCGGCAUCAUCAUGCAGCCUGUGCGCACUGCUGCUCGGUGCCGCCAACAAUAUAGACAGCGCCGUGCGUCAAGCGACGAGCAAUCACUCGCCGCACCACUUUGCCGCGUAAUCUCCAAACUCCAAGACAUAGCGUCGUCUUCAAGAUGCAGCUUGAAAUACUGACAAGUAGACAAGAUUAUAACCAACUGGUAGAAUCCUUUUUGAUAUCAAACGGGAAGCUCAUUAUUUUAUU